AUGGCUUCCAACACGGCCACCAUGAGCAACCUGCCGCGCGGGGCGGGAAUCUGCACCACCAUCCCGGACAUCCUGUACCUGCCCGAGUUGGUGUUUGGAGGUCUGGUGUGGAUCCUAGUGGCGUGUACUCUGGUGGACCCAGCGAACCCACAGGGCUGGGUCAUGUUCGUCUCCGUCUUCUGCUUCGUCAUGACCUUCAUCUGGAUGCUGGUGUUCGCCUGCGGGGGGCAUCACAACAGGAGCAGCUGGGCCGCCGCGGACUUUAUUUACCAUGGCGUGGCAGCCUUCUUCUACCUCAGUGCUUCAGUGGCUUUGGCGAAAGUGACCCUGGAAAAGAAAGAUGGCACCAACUUCAAGAACUACCAGCUGGAUAUCUCUGCCGUGGUAUUCUCUUAUAUGGCUACCCUGCUGUACUUCAUCCACACCAUUCUGUCUGCCAUCAGAUGGAAGUCUUUCUGA